GGGGGAGAAGAGAAAGUCUGUGCGUGGGAGGGCUGUGUGUGGGAGCAGCAGUGAGAGAAAGGGCAGGAGAGCUGACUUCCCCCUUUUGGUGAUGAAAGAGGAAAUGCUGGAGAGUUUGUGAGCUCGAUGGAGAUUAUGGAGUCCAGAUGGAGGAUUUUGUGGGGCUGGAUCGAGACUUUUUCGGGCCACAGGGAGAUCUGGCAGCUGCAUGAAAGAUCUGCAGUCUCGAUGGAGGUUUGGGGCUGGAUAGAAAUAUUGGGUUGGUUGGAGGCUUUGGGUCUGAAUGGAGCCUUGUGGGCCUGGAUGCAGAGAUUGUGUCUGCCUGUAGAGAUCAGAGUUGCAUGGAGAUUUAGGGGCUCGAUGGAGGUUUCAGGGGGGAUGGAGAUUUUUGGGGAUGGGUGCCAUUUAUGGCGCUGGAUGGUGGAUGUGGGGACUGAACAGAGUUUUUUUGGGUGGAUGGAUGGGCAGAUGAGUAACAGAGUGAUGGGAAGCAGCCCACACAGCUGGGAAUCUGUCCUCAAGGACAGGGAGAGGAGCAGAGCUGCCAGAUGUGUAAGGCCGCUUUGCUCAGGGCACAAGAGCUCUCCAUCCCCAGUGCAGGCAGUCCGGAAAGGAAGGCAAGAGAGCAGCAUGGCUGAAGCGGGACCUGCUGGUCAAAGUGGAGAGCAAGAAGCAGAUGCACAGGCAGUGUCAGCAGGGCCAGGGAGCCUGGCAGGAGGGUGGUGCUGGUGCUGGUCUGUGUGGGGCUGGGGGCAGGAAGGCCAAGGCCCAGCUGGAACUGGACUUGGUGAGGGGUGCAAAGAAGAACGAGGAAGGCUUCGACAGGGCUGUCAACCUGAAAAGGAAAGCCCAGGAGGGCGAACCCAUCAGUGAGCAAUGCAGGCAGGCUGGAAACAACAGACAAGUAGAAGGCUGACUCCUUCAUGGGGUAUAUGGGUUCUGCACACUGCCUCUGUGUGUCAGUAGAUUCAAUCAGACUCAAAAAUGCUGUCUCACAUUCUGAGAGCAAGGCAAGGUCCAUCCCUUGUUCCUGUCCUUCUAAUUCAGACCGCGGAAUGAUUUCCUGAUCUGAUGGGUCUGGCAGCACCACACACCCUCGCUGAGUGCUAUUCCGUUCAGCAGGGAAUUGGCUCUGCAGGGCUGCCAAUGGCCCCUGCCAGGAUUUCAGCCUUCCAUCAGCAGUGUGUUGAAUGACAGCCUCUCCUUCUGGGCUGUCAGCAGCGCUGCUCCCAACACAGCGCACGCUGUGUGGUUCUGAGCCCAAGGCAUUCCCGGUGGGGAAGGGCACACAGUGCCCCUUUUCAGCUCCUCAGGAACAGGGGAGCAGCCCAGCACUGGCAUUUCCCAGGCAGCCAUGGCUUGCCCAUUCCUGGGCCUGUCCCAGCAUGGAGCUUUCCUGGGGGAGAGCUGAGAGGUCACCUCUGAACCUUUCCGGACCUGUCACGGGCACAGCUUUAUCUACAUAACUCUGUGACACCAGAGAAGCUGCAUUUCUUGAUGUCUCCUUUCUGCCAGGUGGUGACUUCAAUCAUUGCAUGAGCGCUCUCAUCCUCCCUUCUGCACCAGCACUGCAACUCCUCAAAAUGGACCAUGAUUGCUUUCCUCCCUGCAUCUCUCUCUCUUACGUUCCUUCUCUGCUUCUCUCCAAUUUCUCUCCUUUCUUUUCCUCUCUCUUCCUCAUUUUCCUCCCAGUCAUCUUUUACUCUUCUCCUGCAGCAGCCAUGAACCAUGACAGCCCAGGGUUGAGAGCGUGUGGGGCACCUCAACAGACGCAGUGUGCAGAGUGCAUCUCUCCACUUGUCGCACCCCAGGGGGCCCCACAGUGCAACCACCCCUGUGUGCUAAUAUGUCCACAUCAGGAGGUGACAUCAUAUCUUCCUGAAAAAGGGGAACUGACAGCAGCUCUCCGGCCACUUCCUUUCCCCUCUGCAGUCUCACUGUCACAAGCUGCUCCUGCCUUAUGGCACCAUUGGCGGCGGCCCUCAUUCUCAGUGAGUGACCAUGGGGACGUGGUGCCACGGGGGUUGGUGGCACAGUGUGAGACCAGGACCGUGUCCCUUGCAGGUUGGUGGCUGGUGGCAGCGAGCAGGGCACAGCAAGUGCCCCGACCCUCCCUGUCACUGCGCCCCAGCCAGGGGGUGUCCCUGGGGGAUCCUGUCACCCUGCGCUGCCACCUGCCCCACAUGGCUGCCUGGGUCUGGUUGUACCACGAAGAAGGUCGGUCGUACAACAAAGGGAAGAAGAAGGAGCAGGACGCGGCCGCGUUCUUUUUUGUUAGCACACUGCAGGAACACGCAGGUCGUUACUGGUGUCAGUACCGGGUGUCUGAGUCAGCCGAGUUGUCAGUGGAGAGUGACCCCGUGGAGCUGGUGCUGACAGAUCUCAGAUAUCCCCCAUGCAGAAUUUCCCUUCACCCUGAGCAACAUGUGGGAACUGGGACCAAUGUCACCAUCAGCUGCUGGAACAAGGACUACGGGGCCACCUUCCUCUUGCACAAGGAUGGGAGCUCAGAUCCUAUCCAGCGCCAGGAGUCCAGUGGUGGGGGCACAGCCACUUUCACCCUUUUUGGAGUGACCCCAGCUGACAGUGGCAUCUACAGGUGCUCCUACCGCCCCUGGCACUACGCCUUCAUGUCCUCACCCCUUGGGGACAGCGUGAUGCUGGAGGUGACACCCACACCUGCACCCCCAGGUGCUGAGUUGGUGUCCCGUGGGAACCUGGUGGUGGCAGUGGUGAGGGGCUGCGCUGCUGUCCUCAUCUUUGGCCUCGGAGUCUUCUUUGUCAUCGAUGCCCGCAGCCUCUGGAUACGGACAGAUGAGAGUCUGGGUGGGGAAGGGAUUUAAUGGCUUUGAUCUCCUGUACAUCUCCUACACAUCUCCCCAGUCUUUCUCUUCCUCUCCUUCCUUUCUUCUGUAGAAUCCACCAGGUGUACCAUUGGAUCCACAAUACAUUGCCUAUCCAUUCCCCCAGAUGUUCCCUGCCCCCAUCCCAUCUCCUAUAAAUCCCCCCAUGUUUCCCCUGCCUCCCCUUCCCGGCCCUAUAAAUUAUCUAGUCCCAGUCAUCUUGUGCAUCAGUGUCCAUCCUUUACUGAUCCACUAUAAAUCCAGCCAAGUGAUACCUGCAUCCACCUCCACCCCCUGCCUAUUCUCCCAAAUCCGACAAGUUUCAUACCCCCUUCAUCCCCCAUAACCCCACAAUUCUCUGGUUCUGUUUUGACUCCAGUGCCUACCCACAAAAUGCUGAGGUGGUGAAGUUCCAGAUGAGUCUUUAGGUCAGGAACCCUGGAUCCCAACCUGUCCCAUCUGCCCCCCAUACUCCACCUGGAACCCAAAUCCCCUCACGUGAGGACCCCAGGACUCCCCAAAUCAUAUGACUGCAUUAGAGACCCCCAGGCCCCAAACUGAAGUCCAUGGGGGCACCCACCACUCGACAGCUCCCAGAUACUGAUGCUAACGUGGGUGCUGGAAGACCCCAUUAAUGCCUCCCUCACAGGUGUCUCCUUUUUGGGGUGCACUGUGCGAGAGACCCAAAUUCCCUGUUUUGGGCUCCCUGAUGCUCUGUUUCCCCUCUCAGUGAUUCCCAGAUCUCACCAAAUCUAACCCCCACAAGUCACUGCCAGAGCCCCCAUAUGCUUCUCAAUCACAUCAAAUCCCUAAAUGCUCAUCUCUAACCACAACAUCCUUUCAUUGCCCUCAAAUCCUUCCCCACCCUUUAAUACCGUGGGUGCAGAUCCCCACAGCUGUGAGCAGAGCGUGUUCCAACACAACUGCUCUCAGCAGUACAGCAGCCUCAGAGCUGCUGCUCACAGCGCUGAGCUGUUCCUUCCCUCUGGGCCAUCCCAGCUCUCAGGGCUCCUUCCUUCCCUGCGCUGGCGCUGCUUCUCCUCUCCAAGGGCUGCCCUGCAAUUCUGGAUGCUUCUGCCCGUUGCUCUGCAGCGUGUGCUCAUGGCACUGCGGCCAUGGAUGCAAUGUGCUCCUUGUGCACAGCAGAGCCAUCGCUCUCGCACUGCGGGAACCUCACCUCAGGAAUUCCUCACAUGGGCACUCUGCUCCACACAAGUGCAGUGGAACAACAAAACCCAUUUUCUGACAGGUUUUCUUUGCUUGCUACCUCUCAAACAUUUGCAAGACAAGGCUCUUGCCAGAACAACAGAGGCUGCAAUGCACGAGAUGCCGUGAGAUAACCGGACAGCCUUUGUGUGUCCACCAAUGGCACUGCUUCACCGCAAGCACCUUUCUGGUACAGACACAUUUCUGACCAACGUGGCAUUGUGAACUCACUUCUUUACAUCCUUGCGAUGCUGCAGCUGCCCACCAGCGGGCACAGAGGGAUGCCCAGAGAAGCUGCAUUUCUUGCUGUCUCCUUUUGGCCUGGUGGAGACUUCAGGGAUUGGAUGAGCGCUCUCAUCCCCCCUUCUGCUCCAGCACUGCAGCUCCUCAAAACGGAACACGAUUGCUUUUCUCCUUCCAUCUCUCUCUCUCUUACGUUCCUUCUCUGCUUCUCUCCAUUUCCUCUCUUUUCUUUCUUUUUCUUUCUCUCCCUCAUUUACAUCCCGGUCAUCUUUACUCUUCUCCUGCAGCAGCCAUAACCUCAAUUUCCUUGGAGGUGGCAGAGAAGGCAAUAACACCAGUGCCAAAGUAUCCUUUCUCUGUAUUGCGCAUUCAUUGUUACUUAUUGUAAGUCCCCUAAUUUCAGUGCAGGGCAGUUGAUUGGCUGAUGGUGCACUGUUCAAUAAAUGGUCUUCUGUUCCUCUGA